AUGGCCUCAUCCGCUCGCACCUACCUGGCUUUCCAGCACAAUUCGAGCCUCCACACCCUCAAGGCAAUCGUGACCUCCAUCCGCCCUUUCGCCGCUCUCGAAGAAGCCAACCGCCAGCUCUUCAAAUCCGGCACCCACGAAGACCAUGUAAUCGUCACCGACAAAACAAUCUUCCAUUCCCAAGGCGGCGGCCAGCCUUCGGAUGUCGGCACCAUGAAUGGUCAAUCCAACUCGUCUUUUGCUGUGGCAGCCGUCCGCAUGGAUGCUGUGCGUGACGGGCAGGUCUUGCAUUUUGGCCGCUUUACCUCCCCUGGGACCAGUCUGUUUGAAGAGGGUGAAAUAGUAGACCAGGCUAUCGAUGUCGAGAAACGGCUCUUGUACUCGCGGCUCCACACCGCGGGCCACGUGCUCGGCGCCGCGGUACGGCAUCUUCUCGAGGCGGAAGUCCCCGGCUUCGACGAGCUGAAAGCGUCGCAUUUCCCUGACGCAGCGUCGUGUGAAUUCCAAGGCGUUAUUGAGGGCAAGUGGAAGGGACCUAUUCAGGACAAGGUAGAUGAGUAUGUGAAGGCGAGAAUGCCGGUUGAGAUUGGGUGGUGGGACGAGGAGGAUUUCAAGAAGCAUGGAUUGGAGAGGCUGAUUCCUGAUCGGAGUCUGGCGCCGCCGGGGGAGAAGUUUCGGGUUGUGAAUAUUGUGGGGGCGGAGGUUUAUCCGUGUGGGGGGACGCAUGUUGAGACUACGGAUUUGUGUGGGGAGACUAAGGUGAAGAAGAUCUCGAGGAGUAAGGGGACGUCGAGGGUUAGUUAUGCUGUGAAUUGA